GCGAAAACGCAGUUCAUCUCCAGGGACACGUGGAACGUUGCCCGAGAGUGCCUCAACGACAUUCUCAGUCCUGAUGACAGGGGCUCCCCCUCUCGAACCUCGGAGACGGCCAUCGAAGAGGUGAAGGGCGUUCUGUCGGGGAAGAUGAGGCUGUCUCAGGCCAGUGCCCAAGUGAGGCUCAACUGGCCGGUCAUCAGAGGAUGUGUGGACCGGUUUGCAAACAGAAACGACCCCAGCGGAGGUGCCCGCACACAGUUCUCUUUUUUUGAUUUUCUAGAUGAUGACUGUAUUCUGGAGCUCGAUGUGCUAGCCGUCACUGGAGACACGAAAAACUCCUUCACCGCACACCCUCCCAUCCUCGAGAUGACUGUCGGUGACGAGGUUGGGUCGGUCCAACUCCCGCCCGUUACCGGUGACGAGUUCCAGAGAGGCGGCGGAGACCUGUGGCGGUUCGACAUUGCCGAGUUUGGAUUCACUCAAGAGUGUAUCGAGGUAUGCGACGUGGACGGGAUGGCCCUGCUGCCGGGUGGGACGGACGGAUGGAAGAUAGAGAGCAUCGUGACCCAGGUCCUAACAGACGACAGAGAGUAUCGUGUGCUCUCCAGCGACAUUGGGGCCGACAGGUGGAUCGACGGCAAUGGAGGAGAGGAAAGAAGGAGGUUUGAUCUCACUCUGUACGAGUGAGGGCUGCGGUCGUCAGUCAAGACUGAGGAGACAUUUUGAGACUCCAAUAAAACUGUCGUAGCUUGAUUUGCUGUUUUACCAUUAUGCUUGUACUGUACGUAAUUACAAGAGUGGACUUCACACUUAGGGCUAUCAA